CUUGUUAAAUAUAUUUUUUGUGGUUGUGUACCUAAUCAUUUUCUUCGUUAGUCUUAUCGGUAACGUCCUAACUUGCAUCGUCAUUUACUCAGUGAAAUCCAUGCACACAGCCACAAAUUACUAUCUAUUCAAUUUGGCUGUUUCUGACCUAAUAGUUACGUUCACCAAUUUAGCGGAUAUUUAUGACUUCGUAACAGAGUUUUCUAAAAUUGAUGAUUUCACUUGCCAGAUAAGAUUUUUCUUCCUAACGUGUCUAUGGAAUAAUGGGAUUCUUAUGAUGACAAUUUUAGCUAUUGAGAGGUACAUAGUAAUAUGGUAUCCAUUGCUAUUAAACACAUCACCAGUUUGGAAACGAGUAUCAAAAGUAAUAACGAUCAUAUGGAUUGUGGCAAUACUGGAAUCGCUACCAGAUGUAUGGUCAGUGAAAAUUAUAAAGACGAAAACAAUAUCCAUAUGUUUUACAGUGCCCACAGAAGAGGCGAGGACAAUUAACGGCGUACUUGCGUUGCUUACAUUCGUAAUACCUUUGGCGAUUAUGAUAUUUGUGUAUACUAUGAUAGCGUUCAAAGUAAAUGAGAAUGAGAAGACCAGUUCCAAAGGAAAAAUUUUCAACCACCGUGACAAUAGGCGAAGAGUUCACAAAAUUAUUGUAGCACUGACGGGAUCGUUUUUAAUUUGUUGGCUUCCAUUCUUCAUCUAUCGUAUAAUGAUUUUCGCCUAUGAUAUGCGAGAAUUGAUGCAAUUUGAAUGGUGGUUUAGCACAGGAAUCAGAAUAACGUUGAUGAAUACUUGGUUUAGCGUUGUAUUGAAUCCAAUUUUGUUCAGUCUCAUGUCUACCAAGUUUCGAAGAGCGUUAAAAAUGUUAUGGACGAAAAAAUUUAAACGAGAAAGUCCUUUAAAAAUUGACGUCAUUGUCUGAUGCUACAUAACGGAG